AGUUUUUACUCCCACUUUCAUUUUUGUGUUUCUUGGCGGGCUUUGUGGCCCCCAUCUAAAAAUAUCAUCAAAUCCUCACAUUAAUACUCCUACCCAACCCUUGUCAACCUUCUUAAACUCUUGCCUUCCUCACUUUCUCUCUCCUAAAUUUUUUCAACACCAAAUUUUUUAACUAACACAUUCAUUCAACUCCACUCAAAACACUACUCAUCCUACAUUCCUACAUUCAUGUAACAUAACACCCCCAAAUAUUUCCAAACAAAGAUUACACAAUGAACCUCUAUUGCCAUAUUUGCUCUAUGUUACUUUUCUUCAUGAUCAACUCUAGAGUAAAUUCGCUCUCUUCUGAUGGGCUCGCUCUUCUGUCGCUCAAGUCAGCUGUUGAUCAUUCCUCAUCCUCGUCGAAAAUUUUUAACGACUGGGAUGAGAAUGACCCCGAUCCAUGUGGAUGGACCGGGGUCUCUUGCGACGGAAAUUCCACUACUACGCCAAAUCCCCGCGUAGUUGGAAUUUCCGUCGCAGGAAAAAAUCUCCAAGGGUAUAUACCCUCGGAGCUCGGCUCUCUUACUUAUCUACGACGUUUAAACCUACAUGGGAACCGAUUCUACGGCUCGAUUCCCGACCAAAUCUUCAAUGCUACGUCACUCCAUAGCAUUUUUUUGUACGGAAAUAAUCUCACUGGACCUCUUCCUACCUCCAUGUGCUCUCUCCCAAAAAUUCAAAAUGUGGAUGUUUCAGGAAAUUCUUUGUUUGGUGAAAUUCCCAACGGUUUGAAGGAAUGUAAGCAACUCCAACGGCUGAUUGUGGCUAGAAAUAACUUUUCCGGCGAAAUACCAGGCGGGAUUUGGCACGAGUUAGUGAAUCUAGUUCAGCUUGAUCUAUCAUCUAACCAGCUAACCGGAAAGAUCCCCGAGGAGCUUGGAGAGUUAAAGUCUCUCUCGGGGACUUUAAACCUCUCUUUCAAUCAUCUUUCUGGGAAGAUCCCCAAAUCACUUGGGGAUCUUCCUAUGACGGUGAGCUUUGACCUGAGGGCGAAUAACCUAUCUGGGGAGAUUCCCCAGAUAGGCUCAUUCGCCAAUCAGGGGCCCACUGCCUUUGUUGGGAACCCGCUUUUGUGCGGGUUCCCAUUACAGAAAGACUGUUCUAAAAUAUCAACUAACCCAACUAACACACCAUCUGACGACAACACUAGGAGGAUCAGCCCCAAGCGAAAGGGGCUUAGCCCGGGGCUGAUCCUCCUAAUAUCCGCAGCAGAUGCUGUGGUAGUUGCCUUUGUUGGGCUCAUACUUAUUUAUUUUUACUGGAAGAAGAAAGAUCAUUCUAGUGGUUGCAGUUGCACGGGCACUAUCAAACUAGGAGGACACAUGCACAAGGGCCAGAAAUCAAGAUUUUGUGGGUGUUUAAGAGGCUCACCGAGCAACGAUGAUAUCGAAAGCGAGUCCGAUAAGGGAAGCUCAGAAGGCGGUGGAGGCGAAGGCGAAGGCGAAGGAGGAGAACUAGUUGCUAUUGAUAAAGGGUUUUCAUUUGAGUUAGAUGAAUUGUUGAGAGCUUCAGCUUAUGUGUUGGGAAAAAGUGGGUUAGGGAUAGUUUAUAAAGUAGUGCUUGGAAAUGGAAUACCAGUUGCAGUAAGAAGGUUAGGAGAAGGUGGUGAUCAACAAAGGUAUAAAGAGUUUGCAGCUGAAAUUCAAGCUAUUGGGAAGGUUAAACAUCCAAAUGUGGUUAAAUUGAGAGCUUAUUAUUGGGCUCCUGAUGAAAAAUUGCUCAUUUCUGACUUCAUUUCUAAUGGCAAUCUUGCUAAUGCUCUUCGAGGGAGAACAGGACAACCAUCAACAAGCCUAACAUGGUCAACAAGGUUAAAAAUUGCCAAAGGAACAUCUAAAGGUUUAGCCUACCUUCAUGAAUGUAGUCCUAGAAAAUUUGUUCAUGGUGACAUUAAGCCAUCCAACAUCCUCCUAGACAAUGAUUUUCAGCCCUACGUGUCCGAUUUCGGCCUAAAUCGAUUGAUUAGUAUCGCCGGAAACAACCCUUCCGCCUCCGCCGCGUCUAGUGGUUUCAUGGGAGGAGCACUCCCUUACGUAAAAUCAGUUACCCAAGAAAAAAGUAACAACAUGAACUAUCGUGCACCAGAGGCUAAAAUCCCUGGAAGUAGACCAACACAAAAAUGGGAUGUUUACUCAUUUGGAGUAGUGUUGCUUGAAUUACUAACAGGAAAAUGUCCAGAAAAUUCAACAACAACAUCAUCAUCAAUGAGUAGUAAUAUGAAUGAAAUGCAUGAUUUAGUGAAGUGGGUAAGGAAGGGUUUUGAAGAAGAAUGUCCACUUGCAGAAAUGGUUGAUCCUAUGUUGUUGCAAGAAGUGAAUGCUAAGAAAGAAGUGUUGGGUGUUUUUCAUGUGGCUCUUUCUUGUACUGAAGGUGAUCCUGAGGUUCGACCUAGGAUGAAAAUUGUGUCUGAAAAUCUUGAGAAAAUUGGUUGAAGAUUAUUUUUUGUAAAAAUGUUGGUAAGUUGUGGUGUUUUUUGGUCAAAAUUUUAAGUGUCAAUUAAACAAGCUAAUUAAGCAAGAACAUGAACAUAGAGCACCACUUAUGAUGAUUUUUGCAGAUUCAUGAUAACAUAUUAAGUAGUAUCCUCUUAAGAACUAGUAUUAGGAUAUAUUGGAUGGAAUUUCAAGUUUUUGACAUCAAGCAAAAAAAAAAUAUGGCCUCUGAUUUUUUUUAUUAAAGAAAAGCUAUAGGAUGGAUUGAGGGAAAGAUGUAUCCACAAUGUAUGGUUCUCAUUUAUUAUUUAAGUUCAAAUCAAUCGAGGUACAUUGUAUUAUUAUAUUAUACUAGUAAUAAAAGUUGUUGCUCUUUUUUUA